UAUCAGUCUAACGGAUAUAUCAGUGGGUCCAUUCCAUGAAACCGCGUUUCAAAUAGUUAACCCUAUGCUUCUGAAUCCAUAUUUUUCUCAGUUUCCUUCUCCAAUUCUGAAACCUGUCACUCUUUAAUUGGUUCUUGCAAGAGAUUUUAUGUUCUUUUUGGAAUUCAAGCAACUCAGCAUCCAGCUUUUAUGUCACCAUGUUUGUAUCUCACUCCAGCAACUACCUGGAAGCUCGGCUCCUCCAGGAUUGUAUAAAUACCAAUUACACCUGCACUUUCAUCAUCAUUAUCCCUCCUCUCAAUAAUCAAUACUUGUGUAAUAACCUGAGCAUUUUCCAACGAAUUUUAGUUGAGUGUGCAUGGAGUCCUCGAGUAACCACCACGCCGGGACGCCGUCGAGUUACCGGGGCGUUCGCAAGCGAAAAUGGGGCAAAUGGGUGUCGGAGAUUCGCGAGCCUGGAAAGAAAACUCGAAUAUGGCUGGGGAGUUUUGAGACAGCAGAAAUGGCGGCGGCAGCAUAUGAUGUUGCAGCUUUAUUCUUCCGGGGGCGUGAAGCCCGCCUUAAUUUCCCGGAGCUGGCGACUUCCCUUCCCAGGCCUGCGAGUUCCAAUGCGGACGAUAUCCGCAUGGCUGCCCAUGAGGCUGCCUUGCGCCUCAGGAGCCAUACUAUCAAUUGUGCUAACCCAGCAAUACCCGAGGGCUCGUCCGUGGGGUAUGGCAUGGACGCUGAUGGCUCGAGCUUGGGUCCUAUCACUGUGAGGCUGUCGCCGAGCCAAAUCCAGGCGAUAAACGAGUGUCCAAUGGAUUCACCAAAGAUGUGGCUGCCUAUGGAAGAAGAAUUAAUGCUACAGGAAUCCAUGAUGUUCUCCAACGAGGUUGAGGAGAAGGAUGAGUGGAAUUAUGAAAUGGGAAGUGACUCCCUUUGGGACCCUUAGGUAACGUAAUUUACUCAAAUAGUUCAAUAAAUUGAUUAUUAUUAUUUAACAUACAGAAUAUAUAAUAAAAGGGUAAGUAUGAGUCCAGUAAGUUCGAUAAUGUUAUCAGGUCAUUGUCGACAUAGACAUAUUACAUAUUUUACACCGAUAAAAUCUUAGGGGCAGGACGGAGUUGGGUUUUGAGGAAACGACAUUCUGCAGAUUCAUUUAGUGACUUGAAAGAGUCGGAUAGGUUAAAUAAAUUAAACAAGAAAUUUAGCGAGUGAAACAUGAUGUGAAGGCCACAAUCUUAGGUAUUAUUAUGGUUACUACGGGCCUGACAAGUGUGUGGUGUGAUGUUUUAUACUAUUUUUUAUAUAUUGUUAUUUGUUAUUUGUUAUUUGUUUUAUAGAUGUGUACUUCUCAAGCUUGAUUAAGAAAGGUGGGAUCUCUCCAUGGUUUUCUA